CGCAUUGGGAUGCCAGGCUUUCCGAGCCUCAACUGCAUGGGGCCAGACCAAUCCUGACGGCCACAAUGGAGUAUCAAGCACGUGGUAGCGAUUGGACCUCAAUGGGACAACAUGGACUCACUGCGUUGUCGGCAGCUGCGCCUUUCUAUCGUGGACACUCGGUCAUGAACGAAGCCAUCGACGCCGAGGUACUUCAACCACCUCGGAAGCGAAGGAAAGGUGGCAAGAUUUUCUCUGGCUGUAGUAACUGCCGUGUAAGGAAGAUCAAGUGCGAUCUCCGCGAACCGACCUGCUACAACUGCGAGAAAUCCCGGCGCUACAUAUGCGAUGGAUAUAAAAGCCCAAACAACAUGAACAUGCCCGGUCAAGCCUCCAUGCGAACACAGUCAUCCAUACCAGCUUCAGCCGACGACCAUUCACAAGCACCACUGCAAAAUCGCCUGACAUCAAUCUCUGCCUUGGACGAUGACGAGACUGGACGAGGCUCGGAUGGUCCUGGUCAAAAUCAGGUGCAAUUCGUCGACCUGUUCAACUGUUUUGAAAAUCCAGUUCCAUGGCUGGAUUUUAUGGCCAUGUCAGGGUUUAUGGGUAAUGAAGCUGCGAAUAGUCCCUUUUCCAUGGCAGGUUCACCGGCACGAAUGCCUUCACGGCAGAGUAUUCAUUUUGGCAGUCACCAAAACGUCCACAUCCAAACCAUGCCACGACAAGAAGAGCCAGUCACUACUGUCGACCCGAAUCUAGUUUGUCAAUCUUCAAAACCAUGGAUGCGUUCAGAACACUCGAACACAAUGUCCUCAAACAAAUGGAAUAUUUCUUCAGACGCUCUGAUGCCGGAGAAAGUUCUGAAUGCCAUUCCGCCACCACAUAUCAACGGGAACGACUUGUCACAGCGUACCCAUCAGCUGCUUCAACACUACCGAACGCAUGUCUGCGAAGCCAUGAUGCCAACUUCGGCUCCAAAAUUGAACCCCUACCUCCGGCUAUAUCUACCGCUAGCCGUACAAGACCCGAAUUCCCCGGCGAAGCAGGCCUUACUCGAUGCGAUCCUGGCGGUAGCCGCCUUCAACAAAUCCCAGCUUACCCCUGGCCAGCGACGAUUAUAUCGAGAUCAAGCUACAGAUCACCACGACCAGGCGGCCUCCAUGAUCAACACGAUAAUCUCGAGGAAGCAGGCCUCUUCACACCCCACAGGAGAGUCGCCCGAGUGCAAGCAUGCACUUCUGGCAGCUGCGCUGACCUUGACCACAAUCGAGGUUUUCAGUGGUGCAAAUGAAGGAAGGGGCUACGAAUAUCUACUUCUUUGCAGAACGGUUCUUGAAUUGACUGGUGGCCAAAGAUGGUGGCUUUCAAAUUCCGCCAGCAUAACAUUGCUGCAGAUUUUCCAAUGUCUCCAUAUCGUAGGCCGCACGUCUGGUUGGUUUGAGUCACCAUCAAGACAGCUGGACGAUAUUGAAGCUGAGGGCUCUUCUGAUAGUCCAGUAGCCGAAGCCGGCGGACGUCCUGUGAUCGGCCACGUGCUUCUGCAGGCGCCGCAGACCUAUGCACCGGAGUAUACACUGGACAUAUCGUUUGGCAUUUCCAUCAACACCUUGUCCCAUCUGCACAAGGUCAUCAUGCUGUCGAAAGUAAAAUCGUCACUGUCGCCGGGCCAGGGAUGGCCAUCUAGUGCGCAGGAAGAACUGGCCAGACUCGAAAAAGAAAUGUUUACAGACAUGGAAAAUUCCUGCCUCGAGGCCUCAUCCUCGCGCUCGCCUUCGCCCUCGUUAGAAGGCGUUUCCCAAUAUGUGGCCAACGAGAUCAAGGAAGAUCACAUGCUGGCAUUCCAUUACAGCACUGCGCUGUUCUUCAGAAGAGCCCUCUGUGACGGAACCGGUCGGAUCGUGCCUGCUUUGUAUGGCGAUAUGGUACCGCGUGAGCCACGUGGCACGCCACUCCCGAGUGGACAGCAUCUUGUUUCUAAAGCUCUUGAGCACCUCGAAAACAUCGAUGCUCUUGCGGGUGAUCUGGCAAUCGCCAAUACCCUGUGGCCUGGCUUCAUUGCCGCCGCCGAGGCGGUAGAUUGGAAACUCCGGCGACGAGCAUUGAUGUGGUUCGGGCGAGCGAAACGCCACGGCAUAGGCAACAUCACAAAGGCCAAAGCCCUUGUGCAGGAAAUCUGGAGGCGCGUGGACCGCUUGAUGCUAGAAGACCACGAGACUCAUCCCGAGCUGGGCCCCGUCGAUUGGCGCGAGGUCAUGAACGACAUGAACAUGUAUAUCAUGCUCACAUAG